CCAGGACCACAUCCAGGAGGUGCUGGACAAAUGGACACAGAUCGACGACGAGAUCUGGGCGAAGGUGAUCGUCUUGGAGAGGAACAGGCGCGUGGCCAAGGCGUACGCGCGCGCACCAGUGCUCACCGUCAACGGUUCCGACGACGGCUUCGACGGAUUUCGGAUUGGUUUGUGCGGCUUCGACAACCCGAUGAGGGACCAAAAGACUGAAGAGCUCAAACGGCACAUCGGUCACGGCAUCAAGGUAAAGAUGGACGACCAAGGCAACAUCCUGGUGAAGCGCGUCUCCAAGUGCAACGUGUACGUCAAGAGCACGGCUCCGGGCACGAGCGACGAGACGGCCAUCGGCAACGACGUGCUCAAGCUGCCCAAUUGUGCCCUCGAGAUGGAGAAGCCCGUCAAGCUCUUCGACAUGAAGAAGUUCCAGCAGAACGUGUCCCGCGAGCUGCGGCGCGCCUACCCCGACCGGCGCCGCCUAGAGUGCCAGUGCCUGUCGGCCGUGGGUUUCGUCCGCGCCGAGCCGGACCUGCUCGACUGCCCCAUCUGGAUCCUCGUCAUCAACGUGGUCGCCAUGGACAUGCUGAAGUCCAAGUUGCCUCCAGUGAAACGCGUCAUGGACAUCCGCAACAGGCCGCGCAUCCCCAUCCCGGACGAGGACCCCUACAGCGUGGCGGGCAGCGGCGGCUCGUCGGGCUCCUCGUCGGGCGCGAGGGAGAGCGGCCAGCACGGGCCGCCGCCGGCCCACGCGCUGGGGCAGGCGCUGGGGCAGGCGCUCGGCCAGGCCCACAAGCUGGGCCGGCGCUCCGACAAGCCGCCCAAGCUGCCGCCCCGCGACAACACGCCUUACCCGCACGACAUUCCCAAGCCUGACUACGAUGACAUCGAGGAUGAGAACCGCCUGAAGCCCUUCCCUUCAUCACGUGGCCAGAACAAGAAGGACGCCAAGAAGUUUGACGACCCGUACUACUGCGGCCUCCGAGCUAGGGUACCCAACUUCGGCAAGUCCAAGUCCGGCAAGGAGCAGCAGCAGCGCGAGAGCCGGGACCAGCAGCAGCAGCAGCGGCAGCAGGAGCUCCUGCACUCACUCCACAACCCCUACGGGCGGCUGCCCCUCCCGGGCAACCCCCACUUCCUCCCCCCGCCCCCUCACCAGCCCCACAUGUGGCACGCCCGCUCCUACGACAGCGGCAUGGAUUCCGAGGCCCUAGACUCCCCUUACAACCACAUCUACGGCCGCCUCCGCAUCCCCACCAGGGCGUACAUCCCCCCGCAGCCCCGUACAAUGUAUAUCGGCGAGUGGGACUGAGCGACCAGCCGCGGCCCUUCUCUUACUUUCUAAUUUAAACCUCCUCGGCUGUAAGCGCCAGAGGAAGUCAUGCCAUCGAAGCUACGCUGCGCCUCGCCUCGCCACGUCAGGCAAGAGCCCGAGCCCUCUGGUCAUUACGCAGGGUGGUCAGGGGGAGGCCCCGCCAGGGCGGGCGAGUGAUCCUCUAGUGCUGUGCAGUGGACAACCA